AUGAACGCAAUAGGAGUAUAUGGUAGGUUUGGGAAAGUGGAGGAGGUUUACCCAGCUCCAUCUCAAAAUAAAAAUGCGUUUAUCGUGCGAUUCGUAAAGGAGUCCCCCGUGCCGCAAGCUCUCGCAUUUGGCGAAGGCAAGCUUUCAGAGAAAGGCAUCAGAAUAACCAUUCGGCCUGCUCAUCGAUCCAAAUGGAUGAAUAAUCAUCAACACCAACAACCAAGGAGGCUUCCACCAUUACCAAUUGCUCACCAGCAACCCACGUGGGACGCACCAACCCCAUCAAGCAUGAACGUUGGUUACGCUCAUACAACAGGUCCUAGUCCUUCGUUGUCGGCAACACCUACGCAUACACCAGAACGAGGUCAGAUUGCAAGUUCGUCAAGCUCCAAGAGCACUGAAACCUUGCCCUGUGAAAUGAGAUCAGAUCGAAGCGUGACUCAGGAGACUACAUUGCCUGUCGAGGCCGCCAGUAUACCAGGUACCGACCAGCCAGGGGAGACUCAGUCUACUGACAGCCACGAGCAAGCAACCUCUGUGAAGGAUGAGAAGCCCCAUGAGCCUGAACAAGCGUCCACUCGAGCUGCGCUCUCCGUGCAAACAAAAAAGAGCAAGAAAAAAGAGUUGGCUUCGCAAUCAAAGCCGCUGUCUCAAGCAUAUACCGGCGGAGAAGAUAGCAAAUGCAGUGAAGCUAUUCUGGGAGGCGAAGAUGGUAGGCGCUCUUUGCAUAAGAAGGCUCGGGUUGCGUUACCAAGCAGUCCUGUGAUGCUGGCUAGCGCUACAGCAGAAGAGUGCAACGUGAGCUCAUCCGCUACGCCUCAUUCAGAUACAGGAGAUGGCAGUUGCACGCCGAAGAGACCGCAAGGACAAGCUAAAGAGACUCAAGUAUCUAAACAAGUGGACAUUCCGUGCCCAAACACUAGCACCACUGAAGCAGUUGUGCAGAAUGAUGCAAAAUUAGAGAAAGAUCAAACCUCAGUCUCAAGUGAUUUCAAGAAGGCACAGAAUUCUGUCCCAAAGGUGGGCGCAGAUUUGUCACCAACAACCAAAAUCUCCGAGAACAUCUUCACAGAAGAUGAAAUCAAAGAGCGAAAACAGGCCUGGAAUAGGAUUCCUAUGCCAUUGGAUCCACGGAAAUCCAGGAAAUUAGGAACUUCUGUCACAUCCGGCCAACCGCCCAUGUCACAAACUCAGAAGGAGGGCUCAAAUGAUGUGAUGAAGAAUACGAGAGUUCCUGCAUCAUGUAUAGAUGAGCGAGCUCAACUCGAGUCAUCAAAUAUUUCAGGAGUGGAAGAAAUCGCACCCGAUGAAUCAACGGAAAGAGUUGAGGAAUCGGCUGAGGCAUCUGAAGAGGCAGCUCAGAAGCCUGUGAAAGAUGAAGGGUCUAACCUUGAACAAAGGCUCUGCGUAUCUAAUGAGCAGUCUAGAAUUGCUCUUAGGAAUGGAGAUUCUUCUUUUUCUUCUAAACUAGAACUAUCCGAGUUAUUCCAUCGGGCGUCAGAGCAGUUGGUUGAGGAUACACUCAAGACUCCCGGGACGGUGUUGACCACCGAUGAUGGCAAAGCAAGUUCUGAGGCAAAUAGCCAAAGCAAACCGAAAACGAAGUGGAACAAGAACAAAAAGGCUAAGAAACGACUAACCUCAGCACUGCAGGCUGACUUGCAGAAGGAAACUGGCAGUCAGGAGGUGUCGCCGCCCAACUUGGGGACAUCUGCUGUGCCUGCGACAGAGAAGUUUCAAAUGAAUCAUGAUAUGCUCAUGCCAAUCUCUGCAACCACCGGAUCGGCUUCUCAUUCUAUUCAUCUUCCUGAAAAUAUUGAUGAAUCAUCAAUUGAACCGUUCGGGGAGCCUAGGGAGCCGACAAUGACAGGCAAUAGAACUCAGUAUCCUUACGAUACUCUGCCGCGUGGUCGACUGGAUUUCAGGGGCAAUGCGGGCGGCUCUUUGAAGAUUCCGAAAAAGCGGAAGAAUAAUUACCCCUCCAUUACUUCAAAGACAUUUGAAGCAUCGACAGCCGCCAGUUCGGUAACACCCGCAGGUGAAGCUGAUGCUUCCAAGAAAAGUCGUCUGAAUCCACUGGCAACAGCUUUCGUGUCUCCUCGCAAAUCCACUGCGACAGGAGCAAGCACUGAGGCCGUUUCGUAUUCUCCUAGAGCAGCCUCUUCUUGCGCGGGACUGGCCGAGGUUUCUCUUGAGAAAAUGCAGCCCCCCUCCAAGUUUAAGAUUAUACGAAGGCCAGCGACAACAAACAGCUCGCCGUCAAAGGCGUCGCAGCUGAGAGAAAAGCUCAACCAAGGGUCCAAAGGAGCUGACAACUUUGAGAGCUCAACUAAGCAGCAAGAGAACAGCCGCAAUGAAAUCCAGCGUGACUGGUCCAAAGACAAGCAUCAACGGGAGCGCGAAAACGUCAAAUUGACAAAUUCGAAUACCACAUCACCUUCAAAGGAUGGGGGAAAGAAGAAUGUUGACCUCGAUACACAAGAUUGGCCAGCAUUGCCCGUGUCUCGAGUGAGAUCUGCUACUCUUGAGUAA